AGAACAGGUUGGUGGACCUGGUUUGGAUGAAACAGUCACGGUCACGGGGAUUAUUAUUAUUCUAGCCAGAGGGGCAGAGGUUUAAUACUUCCUGGAUUAUAACUCUGUCGUAAUCGGAACGGGCUAGUAGAGCAACGCGCUGCUGAUAUUGUGCACCCGUUUAAACGCUUCAUUUAAAUAUAACACUGUUGCGGAACUUUUGACAGCUGAACUAGGCUAUAUUAGAGUUUUUGAUUUACCUUAAUCCACACAUCCUCAAAGUGGUCUUUUCUGAAGAAGCACGUGUGUUAGAGAGGUAUGAUGCAGUGCCUAACACAGCUCUGAUUCUCGAGAACAAAUUUGGCCCGUUUUCACCGCUGUUUCAUAUGGGCGAAGCGAGAACUCGGUUCCCUUCAUGUUGGACAUGGGCUCGCUGUCAAGAUGGGGUGUCCGAUCCGGAGCGGGAGAAACGAUGGGCAGAACUGUUCGAUCAGCUGGAUCUGAAUAAAGAUGGGAGGAUCGACGUGAAUGAACUGCGCACCGGAUUAACCGCACGGGGGAUCCUUCGCGGUGAGGUGGUGGACGAGAUUGUACGUGUGAGUGACACCAAUCAUGACGGCCAGCUGGACAUUGAGGAGUUCACACGGUAUCUGCGCACACACGAGAAAGAGCUCCGACUAAUGUUCCACAGCCUGGACCGCAACAACGAUGGUCACAUAGAUGUUGCAGAAAUUCAACUCUCCUUGCACAGCCUUGGGGUGAAUGUGUCCACAGAGCAGGCCUCCAGAAUCCUGCAAAGCAUAGACAGAGACGGCACGAUGACCAUUGACUGGAAUGAGUGGCGAGACCACUUCCUGUUUAACCCCUUGCACAACAUGGAGGACAUUGCCCACUACUGGAAACACUCUCUGAUGUUGGACAUUGGAGAACAACUGACUGUGCCCGAUGAGUUUUCGGAGAAGGAGCGACGUUCAGGUGUGGUGUGGAGACAGUUGGUGGCCGGGGCAAUGGCAGGAGCCGUUUCGCGAACAGGAACUGCUCCUCUGGAUCGUCUUAAAGUUUUCCUUCAGGUCCAUGGCUCAAGUGGUGUGAGUUUGUUGGGUGGCUUGCGUGGAAUGGUGCAGGAGGGAGGACUGAAGUCCCUUUGGAGAGGCAAUGGCAUCAACGUCCUCAAAAUUGCCCCGGAGUCAGCUAUCAAAUUCAUGGCUUAUGAGCAGAUCAAAUGGCUGAUCAGGGGCAGUAGGGAAGGUGGCUCUCUAAGGGUUCAGGAACGUUUCAUUGCUGGCUCACUGGCUGGAGCUACUGCUCAAACCAUCAUCUACCCCAUGGAGGUGUUGAAGACACGUCUAACCCUCCGAAAGACAGGACAAUAUUCUGGCAUGGCAGACUGUGCCAAACAGAUACUGCGUAAAGAAGGAGUGCGAGCGUUCUACAAAGGCUAUGUGCCAAACACACUUGGCAUCAUCCCUUAUGCUGGCAUUGAUCUGGCUGUCUAUGAGACUCUAAAGAAUGCUUGGCUACAGCGGUACUGCAUGGGCUCGGCUGAUCCUGGGGUUUUGGUGCUGCUCGCAUGCGGCACUGUGUCCAGCACAUGUGGGCAACUGGCUAGUUACCCGCUGGCUUUAAUCCGCACACGCAUGCAGGCUCAGGCCUCAGCAGAUGGUGUUCCACAGCUGUCAAUGGUUGGCCAGUUCAAGCACAUUGUGUCCCACGAAGGCGUUUCUGGACUUUACCGUGGCAUUGCCCCCAAUUUCCUCAAAGUCAUUCCUGCUGUUAGCAUCUCUUAUGUGGUUUAUGAGCAUAUGAAGAAAGCACUGGGAGUGGGAUCCUAAGGCAGAAUCAGAGUGAAGAAGAAAGAGAGAACCUGUAUUUAAAAAAGGAGCAUUAGUGGGGCACAGAGGACCCCUAGAGAACAGGAUAAGGAAGCUAUAGUCAAUGAAUGACCUAAAAACCUACUCUACAUCAUACACAAUUACAUUCCCAUUGCAAUUCAUACUUCAAUAGGAUGAAAAGACAGUUUUGGGCUGAUGCAAUCAUUAAGAACAAUGGUUGUGUUUAGAGUAUGUUUCUCUUUGACUGGCAGCUUGUAGAUCUCAGGUUUAUUGUGCACUAUAAACAGCUUCUUAUCUUCAAAGGUGAACACCAUACAUAGUUCUUCAUUUUACAUGGAAUGUAAUGUCAUUGGCGUAAUUAUAAAUGUGGGGUAAGAAACUAAUAGGUAAUGAAAGACAUCUAAUGACAGAGAAUGAUGGUGAAAUAGUAGGCCUAUUGCAGUAUUAUAUUUUUUAUAAAUGACAACCAAAGUUUCCCUCCUAAAAUUGACCAAAAUAUUGAA